GUAGGCUUGCUUUGCUGGGGAGGGACAGACAGUGCCAGGCUCCAGCUAUAAAACCCUCCCAGGAUGAGAGCAGCGUCCUGCCCUGAGCUGGACGGUCCCCCUUCCUUUGAGCCAGGACACACUCAGGACAGGCGGCAGACGAGCCUCCAGCAUGAACGACAUCUACAAAGCAGCGGUUGAGCAGCUGACGGAUGAACAGAAAAAUGAAUUCAAAGCUGCCUUUGACAUAUUUGUACAAGAUGCAGAGGACGGCUGCAUCAGCACCAAGGAGCUGGGCAAGGUGAUGAGGAUGCUGGGUCAGAACCCGACACCAGAAGAGCUGCAGGAGAUGAUUGAUGAGGUGGAUGAAGAUGGGAGUGGCACGGUGGAUUUCGAUGAGUUCCUGGUCAUGAUGGUGAGAUGCAUGAAGGACGACAGCAAAGGGAAAUCGGAGGAAGAGCUAGCGGAGCUGUUUCGGAUGUUUGACAAAAAUGCAGACGGUUACAUCGAUCUGGAUGAGCUGAAGAUGAUGCUGGAGUCCACAGGAGAAGCGAUCACUGAGGAUGAUAUCGAGGAGCUGAUGAAGGACGGAGACAGGAACAAUGACGGCAAAAUCGACUAUGAUGAAUUCUUGGAGUUCAUGAAAGGGGUGGAGUAAUGAGAAAGGAUCUAAAGAGCUUUUUGUGUCCAUCACCGAGACUCCACAGUCAUCUGUGGGAAACCGGAGGAAUAGCUGGGACAACUUUGCAAGAUGUAGUCAGAUACUGAAUACCUGAAUGCUUCUGUAUUUUCAUCUCAUAUCUUGCAUCGUUGUAAAUAGCAUUUGUGACUUUUAGUGCCCUUGCAUUUUGAAUCUUUGUAUAUUUGUCCAAACUGAUAAGAAUUCCUCUUGAGGCUGAACACUGUUCCCCUUUUUUGCAGCCUGCAGUUUACAGGUCUCAGAGAGAGGCUGCUAACGUUUACCUGAGCAACAAAAUGUAAACAAACCAGAACACACUCAUGAAUCAUGCAAAGUCCUGUCAGACAAAUCCUCUUUCCUACGCAGAGCACUGAAUUCACGCUAUGUACAUGCUAUGAUACAAACCCUGUACACUUUUCUGUAUGUCGAAAAUGCCCACAGGUCUGAACUGCGUGUUUCCACAGGAAAGAUCUGCUUGGACCGUGUGCUCGUGUAAUAAACAAGAUGCAUUUGUCAGUGAAGUCAUUUGAUCUGGAUUCAGCUCUAUCCGUCUCCUAAAAUACAGCAGAGACUGGUGAAAGCCCUGGAGGCGUGUUGUCCCGCAGUCCCUUGUCUUGUUUUUCUAACCUUCACAGGAGUUGUGUUACCGAACAAACAAUCAUUUUUCCAUGUUGUUCUUUUGCUCAGCUGAUUUUAUAAAGACUUUUACAGACUGAUCAACCCAAAAUUAGAAGGCCGUCCCCCAAAACGUUUGUCUGGAACCUUAGAGAUCUACUGAUCUGUGUGCAGGUUUGUGUUUUGUAGUGGAUCUUGUUCUGUAAUAUGUGAACUAUUCACAUGGUUGUAUCUAGUUACAAAGUCUAUUGAAGCAGAGGCUAUUUAUGUCUAAUCAUGUUAGUGCCCAUGUCAGAGGAUCAGUGCCACCAGCUGACGAUCAGAUGCCUUCUUCCAUAAAAAGUGUUCUGCUGACUACAAAAGGAUAACGGCCCCAUUGUUCACACGGCGGCAAAGUCAUGUUCCUAAAAUCGGAGCAAAGAUGGGAAUUUCAAACCCCAAUUAUUGUAUUAUUGAAAAAUAAAAAGGUGUUUUUAAUGCUUUA